AUGCAGUUUGGCAGAGCCCUGGUGACUGCAGAAGAGAGAGAAUGCCGCAUUAACUCCUGGAGCUGUCUCUAUUGCGCCACUCCUCGGCUGGUCCAGAGGUGGACUGUGGAGUGUGAAGACAGGCUGAGGGACUGUUUUAACUGCACUUUGUGGGACGAACUGUGCGACCACGGGGACGACAUCAAUGCCAUCACGGAAUGCAUAACUGAUUACAUCAACUUCUGCUGUGAAAUCGCUGUGCCUUCCAAGAUGGUACGAUGCUUCUCCAACAAUAAGCCGUGGAUGAACAUUGAGAUUAAGGCCCUGCUGAAGGAGAAGAAGAGGGCCUUUCUAUCAAAGGACAAACAGGCACUGAAGGAGGUACAACGGAGACUGAGGCUGAGCAUCAGGACUGCAAAGGCCCGCUACAAGAACAGGAUGGAGGAACAGCUGAGCCAACAGAAUGUGGCAGGGGUUUGGAGGAGCCUGAAGACCAUCUCGGGCUUCAAAACACCCCCUGUCCAGCCUGUGGGGGACCCCCAGAUCACCUACCAGGACACCAACUACAGGCGCUCUAUUACAGCUGAAGAGCGCCUGUCCAUCUGUCUGCGGUUUCUUGCCACUGGGGACUCCUACAGGACCAUAGCGGGGAGCUUCAGAGUGGGCAUAUCCACCAUCUCCAUGCUCAUCCCAGAUGUGGUGGCAGCCAUCUGGGACUGCCUCGUGGAGGAGUUCAUGGCUGUGCCUGGAGCAGAGGAGUGGAGGUCCAUAGCGCAGGACUUUGAGACUCCACUGCGACUCCACUCCAACUUCAGGAGAGGAACGAGAGAGAGCAGGAACUGA